CUACUAUGAAGUAAUCAAGGAAUUAUCAAAACUUUAUACUUUAUAUUCAUACAACUAAUUAAAGUCUUUGUCCUAAUCACCCCACAAAAAUUGUUAUCUCUCUCUCUCUUUCUAUCUUUCCACUUGUUCUAUUUUGUCUUUUGUUCCUUCUUCAUAUCUCCAACAACGAAAAUAUUCCCUCUCUCGCUGGCAAACGCUCCUUUUUAUUGACUUUCAAAUCCUGAUCGGACCACCGCGCGCCGCCGUUGCUGUAUUGAUCAUUUAAUUUUCUUUAUCUAUAUUUCGAAUCACAGAGGUGGUGGUGUUCCAUUCCUCAAAUAUUGAUGUAAUUCACGUGAGCUCAUACUUGCAGGUGAGGAUAGAGCUAGGGAGAGGAGCGAGAACGCUGCUGGACUUCCUUGGGGAGAGAAUGGACGGCGUGGAUCGGGCGGUGAGAAGGCCGAGUCUCAAGGAACGGCUGGGAUUGAAGGGGCUGGGCUGCUGCGGGCCGACGUGGGGCCUGGGCCCCACCACCAUGAGCGUGCGGGAUGAUGAAGAAGAAGAAGAAGAUGGGCCUGGAGCAGAAACCGAGACCGUCAACGCGGCCCACAAUCCAAUCCAAAGCGGGCCGAUGAUUCCGCCGUGCGUGGCCCAGUCUCCCGGGAUGAACCUGGCGGCGGCGCUGGCCGCGGAGAGGCAGCUGAGGGCGGCGCUGGAGUUUGACAUCGGCGGAGGUGGUCUAAGCCCGAGGGCGAGGGCGAGCCCGGGAAAUGCAAGGAGGGUGUCGUUGAUGAGACUGUUGGAGGAGACGGACGGGUGUGGCGAUGGGAGGAAAGAAGGAGAAAGUGAUUGGGUGUGCUGCGUGUGCAUGGGAAGGAAGAAAGGCGCGGCCUUCAUACCAUGUGGCCACACUUUUUGCAGGGUGUGUUCGAGGGAGCUGUGGUUGAACCGAGGCUCUUGUCCCCUCUGCAACCGCUCCAUUCUUGAGAUUCUCGACAUAUACUAACCAUCAUCAUCAUUCAACAACAACACAUUUCUUCUCAUAUCUAUUCUUCUGCAACUUUGCUUCAACUAUGCAUCACAUACCUUGUAAUUUUCCUAAACUUUUACAUAAUACAAAAAAGAUAUUCUCACCAAGAAA